AUCGAGGGCCAAGCAUGAUAAAAGCACCUCAAUCUAUACCUAGUGGGUCUCUUCCAAAACGACAUCGUGGAGAGAAGGAAACGACUGCAUAGAAACACAUCAACAGAAACCCUAAACCUGCAAUCGAAACCCUCGAUACAUUCGGAGAAAUUCUGAAAGCACGGCAUGCAGCCAGAAAACACGCCAGAGGGUUCAGAGUUCUGCCGGUUUUUGGCCGGUAACGUCCUAAGCGACGUCGGAUGGUACGGGUUUCCUGGGAAUUGUGACUUUCCGGCUAUUCAAAGCUUUUGUAGCUCUUCGUUUUACCCUUCGGAGGUGUCGGGAAUUGCGGAUGUACCACAGUCCCGAGCUCUGACGGCUUCCAUAAAUCACAAGGAAGCUGAGAAACGAAGAAGAGAGAGAAUUAACUCCCAUCUCGAUAAGCUUCGGAGUCUUCUUCCUUGCAGUUCCAAGACCGACAAAGCUUCGCUACUGGCAAAGGUGAUUCAACGGGUAAAAGAGCUGAAAGAGCAGACCUCAGAAAUCACACAACUCGAAACCCUCCCCUCCGAGACAGACGAAAUCAACGUAAUCCUCUCCGGAGAUUACUCCGACGAUGGAAAAUCCAUAUUCAAAGCCUCUUUGUGCUGCGAAGACCGCACCGAGCUCUUACCGGAGUUGAUCGAGAUUCUGAAGUCACUCCGCCUGAAGACUCUCAAAGCAGAAAUGGCGUCGCUUGGGGGACGAAUCCGGAACAUUCUCGUCGUCUCCGGCGACGGAGAUCACAGCGACGAGUCUGUCCACUCUUUGCGCGAUGCACUGAAAACCUUGGUAGACCAUUCCAGUUCCAGCGGUCGGUCUAAACGGCGACGUUUCGGUGUAGAUUGCAGAAAAGUUUCUGAUUGAUUGAUUUGGUUCUCGUUUUUUUAGCUUGAUUAUAUUCUGUUGUCUAAUCUGGUUUUUUGCGUGGAUGCGUGGGUUUGUGGAAUGAAGUAGCUAGGGUUUGUAGGAGUCGAAGAAUCUCAGGUCACAAUGAAGAAGACGAUUAAAAAAAAGGGAAGAAGGUGUAUAUCAGUAUAUGUGAUGUGUGUUGUUGUGAUGGAUGAUUGACAAUGGAGCCUGUAAAAGCAAUCGCUUACUUGAGUUUUAUUUACAAACUUGAAAAUGGCAUAUCAUCUUCAUCAUCA